AUGAGUAGGGAAGCAAAUGAGAUUAGCUCAGCUCCUAUAACACCAAGACCAGCAACUGUGGCACCAAAGGUUUCAGUGGCACCACAGGCACAAGUGUCUUGUCCUCCUUCUCAGUACAACUCACCAUCUUUGUCCAGAUCACCCCUUCUUGAUGGAGCCUCAGACCAGCAACCUGGAGCUGAAGGUGCAGUUGUGGCUAAGGCCCCCAAGACCCCUUUGGCAAUUAGAACCCCAAGGAUGUCUUUGACCCCAAGGUUCAUCACUCCUUUGGGUAGCCCUGUGAGGAAGGCUCUCAAGAUGACCAGGCUUGACCCUCAGGAUGCUUGGCUUCCCAUCACUGAGUCUAGAAAUGGCAACAAGUACUAUGCUGCUUUUCACACACUCUCUUCUGGGAUUGGUAUCCAGGCUUUGGUGCUUCCUGUGGCUUUCACAGUUCUUGGAUGGGCAUGGGGUAUAAUUCUAUUGACUCUAGGAUUCAUAUGGCAGCUUUACACUCUAUGGCUACUGGUUCAUCUCCAUGAGAAUGUAGAAACUGGGAUGCGUUACAGCAGAUACAUGCAACUGUUUAGUCUCACCUAUGGUGACAAAAUUGCAAAUUGGCUAGGCCUGUUCCCAAUCAUGUAUCUGUCUGGUGGAACCUGUGUGGCUCUGAUAGUCAUUGGUGGAGGAACUUCCAAGCUCUUCUACGAAAUUGUGUGCCCUACAUGCGCUUCCAAGCCAUUAACAACAGUUGAGUGGUACUUGGUUUUUACAUGUGCAGCUGUGGUGCUGUCUCUGCUGCCUAACUUGAACUCCAUAGCUGGUGUCUCAUUGAUUGGUGCUAUCACUGCAAUUGGGUAUUGUACCUUGAUUUGGGUGACCUCUGUAGCAGAAGGGAGGCUUCCUGGUGUUUCUUAUGAUCCUAUUAGAGCUGGCACUCAGAUUGCAAGGGUGUUUGGUGUGCUAAAUGCAAUUGGGAUCAUUGCUUUUGCCUUCAGAGGCCACAAUCUUAUCCUUGAGAUUCAGGCCACCAUGCCUUCCAGUGAGAAACAUCCCUCACAUGUGCCAAUGUGGAGAGGAGUUAAAGUGUCCUACACACUCAUUGCAGUAUGCUUGUUUCCCCUUGCAAUUGGAGGCUACUGGGCCUAUGGUCACUUGAUACCAGCAAAUGGAGGGAUGCUUCAAGCUCUUUACGAAUACCAUUCAAAAGAUGUGUCACAAUCCAUUUUGGGGCUCACAAGCUUGUUUGUGGUGAUAAAUGCAGCGUGCUCAUUCCAAAUCUAUGGCAUGCCAAUGUUUGAUGACGCAGAGUCAAAAUACACCAGCAGAAUGAAGAAGCCAGUGCCAUGGUGGCUGAGGUGCAUUUCUAGGGCCAUGUUUGGCUUUGGGGUCUUCUUUUUUGCCGUGGCAAUUCCAUUUUUGGGAAGUGUGGCUGGUUUGAUUGGAGGCAUAUCACUGCCUGUGACAUUCGCCUACCCUUGCUUCAUGUGGAUCAAGAUUCACAAGCCUAAGAAGUAUAGCCCAAUGUGGUGUCUCAAUUAUUCUCUUGGGGUUUUGGGGAUGAUUCUGAGUGGCUUCAUGAUUGCAGCUGGUGUGUAUGUUGUCAUUGAUACUGGUAUUAAAGUCCAAUUCUUCAAGCCUCACUAA